CAGCCAGCUCUGUUCCUGCUACCGCACUGCCACCAUGAGCACCGCCGACCACAUCAACAGCUCGACCCCCGAGACGGCACCGAAAGUCGGCCGCGCAGUGCAGCUCGCACUCGAGCAAGGUGCACAGAACAUCGACCUCUCCAAGCUGCCCAACCUCACCGACAUGUCGCCCGAGACCAUCACCGACAACGUGCACGCCAUCAACUCGUUGUGCGACAACCCGAGGCAAAAGUUCGUCUUUGAGAAGCUCGUCAGCCACCUGCACGACUUUGCGCGCGACGUCAGCCUCACCACCGACGAGUGGAUGACCGCCAUCCAGUUCCUUACCCAGGUCGGUCAGAUCUGCUCCAAGACGCGUCAAGAGUUCAUCCUCCUCUCGGACGCCCUGGGCCUGUCGGCCCUCGUCGACUCAAUGAACCACCCGGUCCCCAAAGGCUCGGGCGCGACCGAGGCGACCGUUCUCGGACCCUUCUUCACCGAGGACGCAGCCGACCUGCAGCACGGCGACUCGAUCGCGUCCGAGGGCAAGGGCGACUACAUGUACUGCGAGGGCCGGGUCCUCGGCACCGACGGCAAGCCCGUCGCCAACUGCACGAUCGAGACGUGGGAGACGGACGACGAUGGCCUGUACGACACGCAGUACGAGGGCCGCGAGGCGCCCGACUGCCGAGGAAGGUUCAAGACGGACGAGAACGGCUACUACUCUUACCGCCUCAUCAAGCCGACGCCUUACCCGAUCCCCUUUGAUGGCCCCGUCGGCAAGCUCCUCAAGUCGCUCGGGCGCCACGUCUUCCGUCCCGCACACCUGCACAUGAUGUUCAUCGCCGAUGGCUACGAGACGCUCAUCACGGCGUUGUACUUCAAGGGCGACCCGUACUUGAACAGCGACGCCGUCUUUGGCGUCAAGACGUCGCUCAUCGUCGACACCGAGCUCGUGACGGACGACGCGCGCGCACGACAGCUCGGCUUCAAGCACGGGCCUUACUCGUACCUCAACAAGGACUAUGUCCUCCUCACCAAGGAUCAGGCAGAAGAGGCCAAGCGCGCCUCGCUCGCCAACUACUACAAGUCGAUCCAGCAAUGAGGAGGAAGGGCGGUCGACGACGCGCCUGUAACUUUAGACUUGUCACCGGCCCUC